AGCCCGAAUGUAAUGAAGCCCAGUCCCUUACCCUUCCCACGGCCGUCUGUACGGAACGCUUAACAGCAUAAAUGCCGGAGCAUCGUUCGUAAGUGAGCCAUUCGCUCCUUCACUGCCAACCCUUGUGCCUUGGAGAGUCCUCUCUUAGGCGGGUGUUCUGCAAACAUGUGCCGUGUAUCGCUUUGCGUUCUCGUCGUGCUCGUUGUUGUCACCAUGGUUGUAGCGCAGGGAGGACGUGCGAAUUUCAAUUUCAAGCCCGAUCCACCUCGGCAUCGCCUGAACGUGUUCGGAUCGGCGUCGGGCAACAGCGGUCGCAACUUCAACGCCAACGUGGGCGCCCGCGGCGAGUACGACUUGCACCGCUCUAAGAACGGCGGCCGCAUUACCGGCUACGCCCAAGGAUCGAUGAAUUUCGGCCGCUUCGACGGCCACUCGUACCGAGGAAAACCACAGGGGGAGGUCGGAGUUAGAGCCCACAUACCGUUCUGAAGAGGACGUUUCAUAGUGGUUACGAUGACGGAGCCUACUUCUGUGUAUGAACCAUACAAACGUUGCUGCAACACGCAAGAACGAUUAAAGGAUUUGUGUUCCAAACAACGGGUCUUCAAAAACUUUGCAUGUGCGCUUUUGUUUGAGACUUGUUUUUCUUGUCUACUUUUACUAAUAAAAAUGGGAAGAAACACU